ACAAGGUACACCGGUAUCUUCUUAUAGUACACCAAAACCAUACAUUUGAAAUUUGCAAACCCAAAGGUGAAGCCUAGGCCUAUUGCUGCAUGCACUUCUUCCCUGUGCAACUCAUAACCUUGCACUACCAUGGGCCCCUUUUGGAGCUUCAUUCCUUCCUAUCCAGAGGUCUUCCUAGCAAUCAUCUGCUUUUUCGGGCUUUCCAUCUUCCGCCUCAUCAGACAGAGCCAGAAGAGUAGCCUCCCACUGAACUGGCCUGUUGUUCGGAUGCUUCCCUUCCUCGUGGUGAAUCGACACUGCAUUCAUGACAAGGUUGCGGAUCUGCUACGUGAGGCUGGGUGCACGUUCAUGUUCUUCGGUCCAUGGUUGCUGGACAUGAACAUCUUGAUAACCUGUGAUCCAGCCACAGUCAACCACUGCCUUAACACCCACUUCGAGAAGUAUCCAAAAGGUAGAGAGUUUGCUGAGAUGUUUGACAUUCUUGGCGAUGGGCUCCUUGUGGCAGACUCUGAUUCCUGGGAGUAUCAGCGCCGUGUGGCGACAACCAUCUUUGGCGCCCGUACCUUUCGGUCUUUUGCGAUGUCCAUAAUUGCAAGGAAGAUUGGUACUGUCUUGCUACCUUACCUUGACCACAUGGCUAAGCACAGUUCAGAUGUUGAGCUGGAGGGUGUUUUCAUGAGGCUCUCGCUCGAUGUCUCGUACUCUAUGGUGUUUGCAGCUGAUCUUGACUGCUUAUCAGUGUCUUCUCCGAUGCCUGUGUUUGGCCGUGCCACAAAGGAAGCGGAGGAGGCAAUGCUGUUCAGACACCUUGUUCCAUCAAGGUUGUGGAAGCUCUUGAGGUGGCUCAAUGUUGGGUCAGAGAAAAAACUUGCCAAUGCAAAGGUGGUGGUCAAUCAGUUCAUCUACGAGGAGAUCGCCAAACGGAUGGCACAGGAGAGCAAUGGGAGCCAGGCAGAUAUACUCUCCAUGUACAUGAAAGUGACCUUGGAUGCCAGCAUGAGUGAGCAGCAGAAGACCCAGUUCCUGCGUGACACUGCAGUGGGGUUCAUCCUUGCUGGGAAGGACCUUAUUGCCGUCACGCUCACAUGGUUCUUCUACAUGAUGUGCAAGCACCCGAAUGUCGAGGCAAAGAUACUCGAGGAGCUCAAGGGCCUGAAGAGCAGUACCUGGCCUGGGGACUUCUCAGUCUUUGAGUGCGACGAACUGCGGUCUGCCAUUUACCUCCAAGCUGCACUCCUCGAGACACUCAGGCUUUUUCCGGCAACACCAUUUGAGGAGAAGGAGGCCCAUGCUGACGACGUCCUACCAAACGGCACCAAGGUGACCAAGGGCACAAGAGUUAUCUUCUCGCUCUAUGCAAUGGGGAGGAUCAAAGGGAUAUGGGGCAAGGACUGCAUGGAGUUCAGGCCAGAGCGGUGGAUAUCCAAGAGCGGCCGCCUCCGGCACGAACCGAGCUACAAGUUCCUGUCCUUCAACUCGGGGCCCCGGAGCUGCAUUGGGAAGGACCUCGGCCUGAGCAACAUGAAGAUGACAGCUGCCUCCAUCAUACACAACUUCAAGGUCGAGCUGGUAGAUGACCACGCUGUGAUGCCACAGAGCUCCGUCAUACUGCACACACAGAACGGGAUGAUGGUUAGGCUCAAGAGAAGGGUGGCAGCGUGAUGCUUCCUAUCACUUAGUUCUUGCUGUAUGGGGUUUUGUACCCGUUUAUGAAACGAUAUGCAUUACUUGGAAUAUUUAGAAGUUUGUAUCCAUGAAUUGUAUGGUUAUUGGUGUUGGUAUCUAAAAACCUUUUACUUGAUUCUA